GGGGUUGGAGCUGGCGGGUGGCUCACGAGCACGGUCAAAAAACUCAUCAAACCCAAGAAGGAGGCGGAGAGGGAGAGAGAGAGGUCUGGCGACCACGGUGCAGAGGGGACCACCACCAGGGACGCGGACGGAAUGCGCCAUGGAACCGCGUCGAACUCCUCCAGCCCAGGUUCCAGUGCCAUGGUAACGAAGGCCAAUAAUUCUGGCAGCAUCCAGAAACAGGAGAACAGGAGCUACGUCGGAGGAUCGUUCACUCGCAAAGACGACGCGCAGUCGAGCGGCAAGUGGAGCGCGAGUGGGGACGAUCGGGGGGCUCCGAGGAAGGGAGGGGGCGGUGGUGGUCCGCCGCCCCCCCCCAACCCCACCGCCGAAGCGGAGCGUCCCGCAGACCGCAGCUCGGAUCAGAGUCACCCCGUGAAGCGGAGCGCCUCCCUCUACAUCCCCCGGCAAAGACUUGCGUCGCGCGGACAACCGCUGACCGGCAGUUUCCGCCAACCCACCCAGCACAGGAGCGGCACCGUGACAACAUCAACGCCAACGGACGACCACCUUCACCACCCAUCCCAUCCCCCCUCCGACGUCCCCGACACGGAAGUUGCCGGCGGCUCUCCCGGCAACCACGGCUCGCUGCGGAGGCCCGACGACUCCGUUGCCAGCGCUCACCGCAACGCUUUGCCGCACGCCGGCACCACCGGCAGCCUGGGCCGCCCCCCGUCGGGCCCGCGUGGAAAACCUCAGCCGAGGACCUCAGCGGCGGCCGCGGUGGUGUCGGCAGCGGGAGCGAGCGCGCGCUGGUCCGUGUCGGGCGACGGCAGCGGCUGGAACAGGGCGACGCAGACGCUGGACCGUCCCCGUAGUCCCAACGCGGCUCACAGGCACCGGCUGUCACUGUCUCUGGCGGCGCCGCCGCCGCCGCCGCCGCAGCAACAGUCCAGGACCGGCUCCAACUCGUCGGCCUUCUUCUACGCGCCGCCGGCCGUGGCGCCACCGGAAGCGAAGUCUUCGGAGGCGCCGGACAGCGACCGCGCGAAGACGCCCCCCCCCAAAGGCGGCGGCAAAUGCGCAGUCGACAAGCGGCAAGAGGGGAACCUGAGCGCGGAGGCGGCGGGGAACGGCGACGUUUCCCGCGCGGACGACAAAGCCGAUUCGCCGCUGUCGUCGUCGGCCGAACAGACGGUGUGGUACGAGUACGGGUGCGCGUGACGGACGCCCGCGCCGUAGUUCGACGCGGACGCGCCCGCUCGAAAAACACCCCCCGCCCCCCUCCCGAGUCGUCUGGAAGCGAUGCCGGCGAUGCGGUGUACGGCAUGCCGGAGAUGCACGCUCGUGACCCCCAUGCCGCGAGGAUGGAGUGAAUGUGGCCGCUCCGCCUUCGGAGACCUGUGUUGAUGCAGCCGCCAGAGGCAAUAUUCGUGAAGACGAGUGGCACUCGCAAUGCAACGUGCAACUGUGCGACUUCCACGCGGCCAUCGCGUGGCCGAGCAAAGAUUGUGGUAUGAGCGUGGGGGCGCGCUACUUUUACCGUAUUCUCCGUAUUGUAAGGCUGUCCGGAAAGUAAGAUGCACCCCAAACUUGUGCCUUGUUGUCAAUCAAGUUAUACAAAUCUUGUCUUUAUUAUAUAUAUAAUCUGGAGAAUGCGGUGACGUGAAUGUGACUUCUUUAGAAAGCUGGCAAUAAUCGUGAAGAUUCUUACUGACGAUGCAAUGUGCAGCUUUAGCGGAAGUUUGUAAUUACAUAUCGCGGGUCUGCUGUUUUGUAGACACAAUAUUAGACGUUAUUUUGUAUGUUUUUAGUUUAUGCAAAACAAAAAUCUAAAACUCUUCCGAGUGUUGAAAUGCAAAUGUGAUUUUUACCGAACGUGGCCUUGGUAAGCGUGUUUGUGGUAUCUAAUUCUAUAGAUUAUUUUCUCAUGCUGCUGCUGUUUAAUGCCUAUAGUUUUUACGUUGGAGAAAUAAUAAGAGAGGUGAGGUGACUCGAAUUUGCAGUGGAUUUAUGUAUUUUUUUUAUUUAAAAUAUUUUAAAAUGAUUGAAGAACUUCCAAUUUCAAUUAACCUUUUGCUGGACGGUUCUAGAAGCUUGACAAGUGAAGGUGAUGGGUUCGAAACAGCUCUGAAGUCAUUUUUAGUCCAUAGCCUUUCUUUUGCGUGGGAUUUCGCAGUUGUGUUAUUUUGGGUUGUGCCUGAAGAAGCUCCCAGGAAGUGGAAGUGAAACGUCGGACUUCAUGCCAAACAACACGCGGUACAACAUGAAAUCACACCGGGAGAUAGAAAUAAGAUGGUAUAAAACGAGGCAAUAAAAAUAUGUUUCCUUAAGUCAAAUUAUGAGCACACCAACUUAAAAUAUAUUGAGUUGAGAGAUGCUGGGACAGUGCAUUGGAAUGUUGUAACUACUUUAGUUCUGCUCAGCACAACUGGUGCAAAUGUGUAAAAUGUGAUUUUGCAUUUGAGUGUCUAGACAACACACGGCGAUGAUAAACCACGAGCUGGAUAUCAAAUUACCGCUGGCUCGCUGAAGUUUCUAAGAAUUGUGUUUCUCUGACAAAACAUCAAGACGCUGCUGAUUUUGUAGAGCUGGGCUGUGUGAUCAUCGAAGUAAUCCCAUUGCUUCAAUAAUUUCAUCCUAUUGCCGGUUCGAUUACUACUCGAAUCGGAUAACGCUGAAAUGAUCGCAAAAUAUUGAGCCUCCCCUCUGUUCCCACGUGUGCCGCUGGAUCGGAAGCAAUGGGCGGGGCUUGGUGACAUCAUCGGCCUCGUCACGCUGGGCGUGGCUUGUAAGGGGUUUCCUGCCUUCAAGGAGGCAGGAGGAUGUAGGACCGGGCACUGUUUUUAACGGGGCCAUAAUAAUUCGCCACGAAAGAUGAUCACAAUUUGUUUUGUAUAUCAUGCAACUUAAUCGACUAAUUUUCCCAGCUCUACUGAUUUGUCACCGUUCUUGAUGAUAACAUGCAUACUUUCUUCAGUUAAUACCUUCCUUAAAAUUGUAUUUGUUAAUCAUGUCAAAAGUUUUCAUUGCCAUUUUCUCAUCUGGCAAGGGCUACCUUUUAUUGAGCUGGAAUUAAUUUAAUAGAAUUCUGGUCAACUGGAUUAAGUUGACCGGAAUUCAGUGCACAUGUGAAGUAGUUACACUGUUUGGCAAACAAUGCACUGUGCAGAAACCUGAGCAAUCUGCGUGCCAGCCCGUUUAUUGCCACCAGCCUUGAGAAAGUUAAUAUUUACCGAGUUCAAAGUCAUGGCAGUGAAACUUGGGACUUUUUCUUGAUCGAUAUCAAAGGUGAAAACUCCUCCAUGGGAUUUUAUGACAAAACGAACAUUUUGCUAAUUUGAUUCGAUCUCUGUCCGUUACUGGCGUGGCAUAAGACGAUUUAAAAAGAAUAUAUAUUUGUUCGAAAUCCCGCGCACAGCAGCGCCAUCAGUCCGUGUGAGAGAGUGGCCCGCUGAAGGUGAUAUGGCAGAACUACGUUUGAGAUUUCUUGAAGUGACCUUAGCCACGCUAGGGUUGCAGCACUUUCCACAUACCCUGCUGCAGAUGUUUGUCACAUGGCGGUAAAACCCAACGUUUUUGUCAGAGCUGCCAUAAGACAAAUUAAGUGAAAACACAAAUGUAAUUGUGUGUUCUUUGCUAACACCAUGAAGCCUACUCUGCACCUUGAGAAUCAAGUUCAAUCACGGCUGCCUGCCUGGGUUCAAACCCGGGAUCUCAGCAGGGACGGCUCAGUCACUGACCUCUCAGUCACCGUCAGCUGCUUGUAACGAUUUGAUUCCUAAACAUGCUAUACAUUAUAAGUUUUGUAACCGCAAAAAAAAUCCCAAACUAUGUCUCUACAUCAUUUUGCCCCCCACUGUUCUGCUUCCGACACAUUCACAAAAAAGUGCAAUGAAUAUACCACGAUAAGCAAUAUUUUCCAAAAUGUCCUUUGCAGAAAUUAAAGGGAAAAUGUAAUGCUGCCACUUUUCACUUUCUAAUGUUGGUGGCUCGGCCGAGCUACUGCGGGUGGCUUCCGGUUCAGUUGAGGUGCGAGAGGUCAGACCUCGCUCAACGGCAGCCCAUUCUGAAAACGCCGACUCAAGAUUGUACGACAUCAUGCCGAGGGAAAAUAGUUUUCAUACGAUCAUAACUUUGACCUAAGUUUUAACUUUGCAAUAUCAGAUAUUUUCUUUCACAUACACUUUAUCUGAGUGUAUGUUUGUUGGCAGUAAUGUUACUCUCGUUGGAACUUAUGGCAACGCUAAUAACACUACUCUCUGUUCCAGUCAUCCCCAAUCUCUCUGCACCCCACGGUCAGUUACUUGUCAACCCUCAAAACAUUCUCGCGGACGAUCGUGCGCCAAUAACAUUUCAAUGACAUUUCACAAUUAAAACUACUCUAAAUCGUAAUCCUAUAUCCUGGAAAAAAUUCCGCGGGACCACUUCCUUGCAGCCCCGCGGCCUUGUGGGACUCACCGGGUUGGGAACCAGCUCUCUCGCUAAUGUGCACACGUCUUCUGCGUGUCAUCUUCCCGAGGAGUGCUGGAUCAUCGUCUUCCUGUGCGGUGGAAUGGAUGGAGCUGCUCUGUGAAAUGUCGUUGAAGGCGUUGGCGUAUCUACCAAAUUGUGAUGCUGUACGGUCAAUUCGGUUUUUGCUCCUGUUAUUUAAACUACCCAUGCCUCUUUCCGACUCGUGUGUUUGUGUAUCCUUUCGGUGGUCCAAUUGAGAUUAAUAGUACCAUACGUGUAACUUGAAAAGAGUUUUUUUUUAUUUGCAAAAGUAGUAGUUUAUUGAUCUUUUUUUAAUAUACUGUAAUACUAUACGUUGAAAA